AUGGAUACUUUUGCGAUCACGGAAGGCAUCGUUCCCGAGAACAACAAUCAAGAUGGCCACGACGCCGAACGGGCCAGCUCAGAGCAGCAGCUCCCAGAAGAAGCGAACAAGUUCCAGCGUGCCAUUGCCGCCUGGAGAAGCAUUGACUUGACUACGACUGUCGCGAAAUUAGAUGCUACGGCUUCGGAUAUUGUCGCUCAGCAGCGAGAUGCACUUAUACAGAGAAAGGAUCUGGCCCAGAAGACAAAGGAUUUUCGAAAAUUAGACGAUGCUUCCAAGCUUGCGGAAUACAAGGGUCUCCUGAAAUCAUAUCAGAGCUUCAUUGACCUACUGACCAAUCACGGGAAAUCCUCCUCGUCCGCCUUUCUACAGCUGUACUCCUCUCUGUCAGAAGCUCCCGACCCUUACCCACUCCUUGAAGCCUCAGUCGACUCCCUUGUGCUCUCCGAGCAAACCGUCCCGAAAUUGACGUCCGAAAGAGACCAGUUGCAAACGUCUGUGAAUCGCCUUACAUCUCAAUUAGAGGAAACGGAAAAGCGACUACAAGAGGAGCGAGCCGCGAGAAAGAAUUUGGAGGACAGCCAGGAAACGAAGAUCAAAGAGAUCGAGUCGUCUUGGUCCGCCGUGUUGGCCGAAAAGUCGAACAACUGGGCCGCCAAAGAGAAGAGCUUGGAGGAGAAGGUUGAGAAUCAGGAGCGCUUGCUGAAGGAAGUCAAGGCGAGUUACGAGGUAUCUCAAAGGCUGGGCCAGGAGAACGAUGGCGGUGAUGGCUCCCGACACGGGGCGACUGCUGCAGAACUAGAAUUGGUGUCUGCAGACUUGGAAAAGACUAGCUUGCGACUGGCCGAGGUGGAGGCACGAAACGAGCAACUCCGGCUUGAGCUGGCUCAAGCCGUUUCACAUUCGCAGGCUACGCAGGCUACCUCGGUUGAGGACGAUCCCGCCUAUCUUCGCCUUCAAUCAGAAAACUCAUCCUUGUUGCGCAAGUUGGACGCCGCGCGAUUUGAUCGGGAGUCUGAACGUCACGCAUGGGAGUCGAAGCUCUCACAACUGGAGAGACAGAGCUCGAAGGUGGCUGCGGAGCGAGAGGAGCUGCGGUCGCGGUUGGAAAAGACGGCUGACUAUGAAGAUAUCCGCCGCGAGCUGGAGAUGAUCAAGUCUAUCGAGUUCUCUGCGGGCGAUGCGGACGAUGACGAGGGUGGAGAUUCCACAGCCAACGCUAACGGCAUCAACAGUGCCCCUUUGAAACCUAAGGAUGGAUCCAGCGGUAAUAGUCUAGAGGGAUUGCUCUUGGCUCGCAACAAGAAGUUGACAGACGAACUUACCGUUCUUCGUGUCUCCCAUCGUGACCUCCAAGGUCAGCUUGAACUUCUCCGUGAGGAUCUCUCAAAUACCAAACAGGAACUGGAGAAGUCCAAGCAGCUAUCCACAACACUUGAGAAUGAUUUGCUCCGUGUACAGCAAGAGGCGGCGAACGCCUUCCCAUCAUCCGCAAUGUCUGUUGCUGGUACCUACGCCUCGAGGUACCCCCACUCCUCCAGGAGGGGAGCAGCGUCGCCGACCUCGUCUAUUAUUUCAGGUUUUGAUCAGGCGGCGGCAUCCUCCAAUGCAAUGGACGCUAUACGCGCCGGGGAGCCUGUGGGUGGUGGUUCCGGUCUGCUUCCUAUGAUACAGGCUCAGCGUGACCGCUUCAAGAAGAAGAAUGCGGAGCUAGAAGAGGAGUUGUCGAAGAUGUACAGCACGGUCAAGUCCUUGAGGCAGGAGGUUGCUUCCCUCCAGAAGGACAACCUUAGCCUUUACGAGAAAACGCGAUAUGUCUCAACGUACAGCCGUGGUGGAGCCUCCUCAUCAGCCUCUGCCUAUGCGAAUAAACCUAGCAACUCCUCCGUCCAUGUCUCCGCGGACACGCCUUCUGGUCUUUCACUAGACCGGUAUCAGUCCGCCUACGAAGCUCAGCUAUCACCAUUUGCUGCUUUCCGAGGCCGUGAAUCGGCGCGGGCGUACAAGCGUAUGAGCUUGCCCGAGAGAAUCGUGUUUUCCAUCACACGCAUUGUCUUGGCUAAUCGAACCAGCCGAAACCUCUUUGCGGGGUAUUGCUUUGCCCUGCAUGUCUUACUGUUUCUAGUAUUGUAUAUGAUGAGUACCAUGGAAAUAGAAAAGCACAGUAGCGCCAGUCUGGGAGCUGCUGCCGCUGCUGCGAUAGCUGGCGGAGGCGGGUCUGGGAGUAGCAGUGGCCAGUUACAUCAUGAUGAUUGGCAGCAGGAGGGUUUCAACCAUGCUGCUUAG